UUCAAAUUUUAGCAAUCUUGCCAUGUCUCAAGAAGAUACGACGGUGAUGAUGGAUGGUCCUCCAUGGUUAUGGGUGGAAUCUUCGACUACACCAACAACGGAGGCGCCGGAAAUUAUUUGCAUUAGUGAACACGAAAUUCGAAACAGUUUGUUGGUUGGGGCUUUAAUUGCACUUGUAUUUGUUUUGCUUUGGCACAUUAUUAGAAUUUAUUGUGGGUAUAAAAAACAGCCUCCACCGCCACCAGAACCAACAGUAAAGCAAAGGGACAAAAAAAGUUCCGGAUCUGUCAAGUCUUAUGGAAGUGCAACGACGGCAAGUGUAACAGCUACAGUGAGUGGAGCACCGUCUUCGAAGGUUGAUACUUCACGAACCUCAACUAUAAAAUCGAAAAGUGGAAUGUCUGAUGAUUCUGAAAAUGUUGUUCGUGUUUAA